UCGCAGAUUGUGAUCGCGCAGUUCCUGGAAGAAACGUAAACAAAACAAUUGAUAGCCGAACAGCGGACCGAGACAAUCUUCGUAUGACCUGUCUGUCAACCGACUUAAAUCUUCGUUUUAAUCUCGUGGAAUAAAAUAUGAUAAUCGCUAAAUCGAUGGAGAAACGUUACUUAGCGGAAUAAACCAGCAGCUGAGCUUUGCAAAGCUAGCUUGAACUGGGAUAGGUUUUGUUUUUGCCGAAUUAUCUAUCACCGCAUGUUUACACUAAACGACGCUUUUUAUGGUUGCUCUACCGUGUUCCGAAUAUUCUCAACUAUAUAUUGAAAAGCCCCCGAGUAUUUUUUUCAUACUCCAGUUUUUCAUAAAUUAAGCUUUUUAUUAGCUGCUGAAACUACUUGUUUGUCAAAAAAAAACAGGGGAUGGUGGUUUUCGGGUUUUCUCUCUGCGAUCGUUUCCAUCCGUAGAUUAUUCGUCCGCCUUUGUAUCGCUUCUGUUUGACUUGACUCUUAAAAUGGAGGCCGUGAGAGUGAGACCGAAGAAGAGCAAAGCAAAACACACUGGAAAAUCUCAGCUGGACAGGAAGCAGAAGCAGGCAGAAGAGGAUACAACAGUCAAAACUCACAAAGUUGAUUGUGAUGUGGCAUCCAGCUCCACCUUCACAGAGAUCCCGCUCAGUCCACCUGUCGAGGAGAUCAGGGAGGAAGAACCGGACACAGUUAAAGCCUCUGAGAGCAUAAGACAAACAUCACAGCUACUUUCCAGAGGGCAUCAGAGUUCUUUGCUAGAGACUUCUGACAAAUCAAAUUUAACCAAGACUCAACAAUCAAGUUUUAAUUUAUCAACAGUGGGACCACACGUUGAAGUAAAUCUUACAGAAACAAACAGAGAAAAGAUAAGUGAGGAGGAUGGAACCCAGGGGGCCGAGCUUGAGGUUGGACCACAACCCGCUGAGUUUGGAAACAACUUGCAGCUGUGGAGUCAGUCUUUUGCUGCACCUCAAUUUGAAGAAUCCAGCGCCCCUGCAUUAUACCCAUCUCUUGCUGCUCUGGAGGACAGUCCUGUAAUACAGUUAUGUAAAGAAUCUGUGAAAAGUUGUACUAAAGAACCUGCUGUGUUGGCACUGCCUGAGCAGGAUUCUUCUCCUCCGAGUUUGCAGCCUCUGGAGUCCAUAGCCGAUCUUUCAAGGAAUAAACUGUACCCAGAGUUACCGAGCACAGCUCCAGAGCUGCAGGCAUUCUCUCCAGAGCAGCUGAGUGUCUGGGAGCCAGGAGGAGGCCUGCAAUCUUGGCUGGAGGGUGUCGAGCUUUGUAACCUCCAGUUCUCCGCUCUGGCCCGGCAGGAAAACCACGAACUAACCGAACUGCUUCAGAACUAUUGGCGCUGUCGCAGACAACUGACGCAGUCGCACACUCAGCUGCACACGCAGUCCUCUGACUGUAAAAGCACACAGAAUCGUCUCUGGACCUUCAAAGACGAACAACUUACACUUCAGGGUUUGUGUGCAGACCAGUCUAAAGUGUGUGGAUAUCACCGUUUCCAGCAGGCAGAGUUCAAUCAGGCUAUUUUGGCUGAGCUGCAGAAACUGAUCGAAGCCUGCAGUGAGCUACUGCACCAAAAGGCGGUGCUGCAUGCAUACACCGCUCUGCUGUCACGACUGCAAGUGGAGUCCUACUUGUAUCACCUUCUAAAAGAUUGUUCUGGCAGCCAAACGCAGCCUUGUUCUCUGCAACCCCUUAAAGAAGCCAUCAGCGUCUUGUUUAGCUUCACACGUAGAGUUCUCGAUGAUGCACAGUUUCAGACAGACGUCCAUCAUUGGCUGGAGAGAUUGGUUGCUGUCCUGCUGCAUGUCGGAGGGUCAGGAGAGCAUCUUUACCUGUUGUGCCAUCUUUUGUGUUGUCCUGCUGGAGUGGGAAAGUGGGCUGCACACUUCCUUCAAAUUCAAGUCUGGGGCAAGGCCUCUGGAGUGCAGCAUUUUAUGCAAGCCCUAGCCAUCCUAAUGUCACCUGCCAGACAUCGGGCAGAGUUUCUGAGCCACAUGAAGCCUUUGGAUAACCAGAGCUCAGCAACAUCAGGACCGGACUCUGGAAACUGGACACUUGUUGAUGAAGGUGGAGAGGAGGAUGAGGAUCCAGAGAGCAGCUGGUUGCUGCUUUGUGAGGAGGAUCUUAUUUCCCUGUUGACCCAGUUCCCCUUUCAGGAGCUCUACUCACACAUGCUUGGGAUGAGCAAACAAGGUGUGUAUGAGCCCCAGGCCUGCUCCAGUCAGAAGCUGAUGCGGAUGUUUGCGUUUGCGUCCUCGCUGAUCGAAAUUCUCGCGCUUGGCCUGCAGACCUACAACAGAGCACGGUACCGGCAGCUCGUCAAGCGAAUAGGACACAUCAUACGAAUGACUGUGUGUUAUGUCAGCGAUCACUGGGCCCAGUACGUGAGGGCUGGUGAUGCUGCUGGAUCCAGCAGCCACGUUCAGUCGCUUUCUUUGGAAAAGCUGCAGCUGGAAUACGACCACCUGUUCCUCAGAGCCGUGUUACACGUCCUCAGAAACAAAAGGCUGGGCAUCUGGCUGUUCAUGUCUGGGAUGCCAUAUGGAACUUUGUCCAGCACUAUGUUGUGGAAAGUCCUUUAUGUUAUGCAGUGCGCAGAGACGGCAGGGUUGGAAACCCUCAGAGCUACAGCCGACACGCAGUCCUGUCUUCAGGCUCUUAGAGACCCAAAGCACCAGGAGAGAUUUGAGCAAUGGCUGUGUGAGGUGAACAGCUCUGACGGCAUAUCCCUCCUCACAGCAUUAGCACACAUGGCAACACCUACCCAGCACUCGGAUUCUGCAUUCAUAACCACCAUAACUCUGCUGAUCUACCAGGUUUCCUAUGUGAGUGUGUCUACCAGAGAAACUUAUUCCAAGGUGGGAAGGGAGCUACUGGCUUCCAUAGCAACGUCUCAUCCCUAUGUAAUUUCUGUGCUCCUGGAAAGACUGAGAGAGACCAUCCAGAAUGUAGGAAUGGUUGCAUUAUACUUGUGUAAGGAGCUGCCUUUAAGUCAGUGGCAGCCGCGGCAAGAAGAAAUCUGCGUGAUUGGAGCCUGGUUGCUCCAGCAUCCCCUGUCUGCAGUGGAGAACCGCUUAGCCUGCGUUAUCCUGGAAGGCCUAAACUGGGGUUACACAGAGGCAGGGGUUUUGGCCCUGCCAUCAUUCCUCCACAGAGAAGUGGCUCUGCUGGUGGCUGAGGCCUAUCAGAAGUACCUCACAGACAAACCGUACAGUGGGCUUCUUUCUGAGGGAAUCAAACAGGCGUCUUACCUUGCGAGCAUCCUUCGUUUGGGUGUGUCUCCUGAGGCGUCCUUUAGUCAGUGGGCGUGGCAACUUCUGUUAAGACUAAAGCUCCAUGUCAACACCCAGAACCCCAAGGGAGCCUGGACAGUUCCUGCACUGGCAUCAAACCAGCCAGCUGAGCUUCCACAUGAUCCCAGCAUGCACUCUGUUCUACGGGCGGUAAAAGCAGGCCUCCCCAUUGGGUGCUAUUUGUCCAUUGCCAUGACAACAGUGGGACAUAGCUUGGAAAACUUUUGCACUGAUGGAGUUGGGUUGUUUAAAACUCUGAUCCAGUCUCGCCAUCUGAGAGCUGCUGUGAACCUGCUGGAUAGCAUCCUGCCUCCCACAUACCCUCUCAGCUUUUAUCUGCUCAAAAACACCCAGUUUGUAAGUUGCAUCCAGUUGUUCUUGCAGUCUGACAGUGUGUGUCCUCAAGGUGUGACCCAGCAGGUCACUCAUCGAGUUGCACCCCUCUUUACUGGGACCACCUAUGGAGACAAUGUCCGUCUGCUAAACAGCGUCAUUCAGAGUCACGUUGUAGAAAGCCUGCGUCCUGGUCGUGUGGGAGCCUCAGCGGUGUUGGAGUUUUGGGUUGGGAUCCUGACUCAGCAGCAAUUGUGGUACAGAGACAAGACUGUUUUGUUUCUGAUGGAUCAGAUCUGCUGCGCUGCCUUCACUCACCACCAGGAGGACUGCGUCCAGAAACUUCUGUACCAGCAGCAUAAGAGUGCUUUGGGUUUCCAUGGAGACCGGAGUCUGCUCUCCUCCCUGGUUGGCUGGAUUGCUGGAAAUGCCACACCAUCUUUCAUUGAGGGUCAAUCUCUUAGUGCAGAGGUUUGGUUUGCCUGGAUGGUGCUUAAUAUGGAGGGCAUGUUUGAGGAAGAGUCUCAGCUGACACGCUGUGUUGAACUUGAGUUCCUGUCUGAAAACAUCUCUCCAGAUCAAGCUUUAAAGAAGGCUCAGCAGAGGCUCAAGUUGCCUGUGGUGCCGUCCCUGCAACGGCUGCAGGUGUAUCGCUGGGCAUGCCAGGCAAUAGCCACGCCCCCUGAUCACCCCCUUCUCCCGCUUGUGUGGCAGAAGUUCCUGCAACUCUACCUGAGACAGCCUGGACCAGAGUAUGGGCUCGCUGCGGGGGGGUGCAUUGGUCGAAGGUUCUUCCAAGGCUCUUCCCAGGCUCUUGUACUAAAAGAUCUGAGGCAAAGAAUACAAGAAGUGUCAGACUUCCAUCAUGCUGCAAGCCAAGCACUAAGGGUGCCCCUGCCUAAUACCCCCUCAUCUGACUCACAAAGCGACAAAAGCUCCUGUAAUCCCCAACCAUACAACCUCACCUCACCUCAGCUGCACACCGAGCUGGUCAAAUUGUUUGGAGUGUUUGCUUUGUGGAUGGAUGAUGAGAGUCUCCAGAAGCAGGAGGUGUACCUGCCUUCUCUCCCCCCGGAGUAUGAAUCUCACAAACUGGCACAGGUCAUGCAGCAUCAGCAGCAGUUGUGGCUGGAGUUUGUGGACCAGGAGCGCCUCCAGUUUGAUGAGAUGGAGGUUUUAUCUCUGUGGGAGAAAGCUCAGAGCGAGCCGGCUUUCCUUCAGACUCAGAACCUGGGCUUCACUGACUCUUCCAGUCUGACUAGUGCAAAAGAGCGGAUACUGUCCAACCUGACAAAGCAUUCGACUCCCCUACCAGCUCCAGAGUUACAGCCUCAGAAAGCUCCAGUGGCUGCAAUUGGGAAUGUCUGUUUCACAGACCCCAAAGCUGCUGCCGAAAUGUUGCAACAGGAUCUCCAAACUUUGCAAGACCAAGCCAGAAUUGCAGUUGCACGUGAAGCCCAGCAGGUGGCACUGGAGCAUGAGCUUCUGGAGAGCCUUCCCUUGUUGUUCAAGAACCGACCAGAGCAGGUCACCAUGGCCCUGGAAUGUAAAGGAAAGGGGGGGCAGCCCUGUCAGGGACCGGCAAACAUCACGGUCACAUGUGAGUGUGUCCAGAGACAGGAAGCAGUCCACAGCCAGAUAACAUCCCUGCGCAGAGACAUCAAGAGACUCCAGAACGACUCCAUGGCCCCUCCACCUCAAAACCUGGCCCAGGCUGCUGUCCACACCGAGAACUUUAUAACGUCUUUAGUGAACACAUACAAAGCAGAGAAAUCUCUGGCGCUGCAGCAGGUUGGUGUGACGGCAUUUUACCAAGUGGUCUCCUUCGUGUGUGAGGACACGCUGCGACAUCCCCCAACGCGCCAGUACCUGUCUUCCUGUGUGGAGAUACUGGGACAGGUUUUUAUCCAGGGAAAUGCGAAAGAGUGCAGUCGUGUCCUUAAGGCCAUCCUGGAACAAAGACGUCUGUGUCCUCUCAUUUCCCCCUUCUUCACUCCCAACGCAGCACCGAAUCAGCUCGUCUCCCUCUAUCAGGAUGUGGUGACAUCCCUUCAUCUCAACUGUGCCGAUGUCAUUUUCAUGCUGCUGACUAAGUUUGACUUGACGCAGUGGCUGAAUGAAGCUAAUCCUGUGUUCUCGGAGAGAACCCGCUUGCUGGAUUUGGUGCACGGAGCUCUCUGCGUCUGCGGGCGAGAACCCGAACCUGAACUGCUGACUCCUUUCCAUCUUUUCACCAAACACUGGAGCUGCCUUUUGCGCCACCAUUUCCCGGACCAUUACAGUGAUUGCCUUCGUCUGCUCAUGACCAGUUCAUCAAACCAAUUGUUGAGUUCAGAAUGCUGGAAAGUGACCCUGCGAGUGCUUGGAUGCCUUCCUCCAUCCCGCAGCCCCAAAAGCAAAGUUGAGCCAUCAGUCAGCACUGCAGCUGCACCGCAACCAUCUCCUUACAGAUCCUCAAUCAGUCUUUCUACUCAGCAGGUAGAAGAGACAGUUGACUGGCUGAGCGACUACUUCUUGCGAACCCGUCUAAGUAAGCCAGACCUGCGCAGCUUUGGCCUUUACUCUGCCUGGGCAUCCUACAUCCCAGAUGUUGCUUCCUUCUGGGAACAUUUGCUCAACUGCCUCAUCAACGUGCGGCUCAGCAGCUGCGCCAGAGAGCCAGUGGGAAGCAGCAAAAUACUAAAGGCUCUGCAUGAUCUUCACGGUAAACUCAUUAGGUUAUUUCAGCCGUGGAUUUUCCCUCUGAAUGCAGGUGAUGGCAAUCAUGUCAAGUGUUACCCCUGGCUGGAGACGGAUGCCAGUGGAGCAGGGAGACUGGUUGGUCUCUACGUGCAACUUACAGACAGUCUUCAUCACAAGUUCAGAGACCGGCUGCUGCCUGGUCAGAGAGGGGCUCUGUGGCUGUGCAUGAUGCAGUACUGUGAGAGCUGCACAGCUCCACGCACCCCUGAGUACCUGCUGCACCUGCACCACACACACCUGCGCAGCUUGCCCUGGAGACACCUGCACCCUGACACUCAGCUCAUGGAGCAGCUCUUCAGUGUGGAGAGAGGAAGCCCAAAAAGUUGCUUCCUCUUUAUGGGCGAAGUCCUGUGCCAUGUCAACUGGAUCAGUGUUUUAAGUCACCACUUACAGACACCUCCCAGCUCUGCAGCUUGCCCAACUUUACCGGACAUGGACGCACAGAAAGAGUCGCAGAAAAUGUUGGUCUAUCUGCUGUAUAUGCUAGUUUUUCUGGCUAAGGAGGACGUGCUCCUGAGUCAACAGGACUCCCCUCUGCUCAGUCUGCUGGUUCAGUCUACUUCUCUGCCUUGGCAUCAACUGGAUCUGUCUUCAUACCAGAGCAUUCUGGGAUACGUCAGCACGCACUACCCUUCGUCUCUGCUGCUGAGUGUGGAUUCUGCACCUCAGCUGCUGCUGAAAUCCCUCCGCAGUGCAGCCGGGCUCCACCCUCGUCCCGCUGAAGCCCCACACCAGGAGGAGACGCGCAAAGCUGGAGUGUACGUGUGCUGGUGUGUGCAGUCACUCGUCACUCUGGAACAGGGAGGUGGCAUCAGCCUCAAUGUUCUAGAAGCUCAGCUGGAAGCACUUCUAGAGAGCGUUGUCACAUUUAACCCACCAGAGGUGGGCUUGGAGGAGAGGCACAUGGCGUUCUGCAGCCUCUUCAGUGACGUGCUGGCUCUUCUUAACGGGGUGGGGGUGUCAACAGGCGAGGCGCUAUCAGCUCAUGUCAUCGCCUGGCUGGACAGGAAGGGGAGAGGCUUUCCGAUUCUGCCUCUUCUCACAGCCUGCUCCCGUUCCCUUGCAUCGGUGCGACACAUGACGCGAAUCAUGGAGGCAUGCAUCACGGCACAUUUCAACCAUGCUGAUGAAGAGUCUGUAGGUUGGGGUCCUGUGCUGGCCUCUCUGCAGGUCCCCGAACUCACAAUGGACGACUUCCUGUCCGAGAGCCAAACAGGAGGCAGCUUCUUAACGCUCUAUGCCUUCAUUUUGCAACGCCUCAACACUGAAUACACGGCAGCCAAUGAGAAGAGGACUCUGGCUCUCAUCAACACCUGGACAUCCCAAGUCUUCCCCAGCGGACCAAGCGAUGAAGCCAAACUGUUCCUCUGGUGGCACAAGGCCCUCAGUAUCUCUGUGGAACAGCUGCAGCCACAGGCAGGGCAGACGGAAGUAUCAGGAGUCAUCAUGGGUCUGAUGAGGUUACAAACCAGGCUGCUUCAGCUGGGAGAAGAAAGACUCAACUCUGGACUGCUGAGCGCCAUUGGCCUUGGGAAGAGGUCUCCUGUUUCCACCAGGUUUAGGGUGGUGGUGCGAAGUCUGGCAGCUUUCCUCUCCAUCCAAGUACCAUCAGAGACCGAGCUUAGACUCCAGCCAACUGCAGAUUUGCAGCUCUCUGCAAAAGCACAACAAACACUGGGACUUUUGGAAGCCAUGCGUAGCGCUAAGCAAAAUACUGAAUUUGAAGAUUCUGUGAACAAGACUCUGCAGUUCCUCCAAUACCCCGGACACUGCCUCAAAGAUGGACCCCGACUGCUGUCCUUAGUGGUCAACCUUCUCUAUCCGGAAUUAAAAUACCUACACGUCAUCCGUUAACCUCAUCCCCUCAUCGUUAGCUCGCACUGGAUGUAGUUGUGUACUGCAGAACGUGCUGCUGUUUUCUCCCACUCUUCUCAGAGCGAUUGAUCCACGAGGAUGGUAGAAGCAACCCUCAGCUUAUUUGCAGAUAAAAGCUUAUUUGGACCGGCAUAUUGAGAUGGCAGAACGUUGACACUAACUUUAUGGGGAUCUGGUUGCUUUAAAAUAAAAGACUCGGGGGGAAAUUCUGUUCCUCCUAAACAUUACUAAACUGAUUCAGCUUCAUGCAGAAUCAAUUUAGCCCGCAAACAAGCCACUGAAAGAGGAAUUUCACUGCUGUGUAAGGAAAGAUUCCUGUUGGAGAAUUAAAAGAAAUAAGAGAAAGUCAGAACAUGUUUUUACGUAAGACUCCUCCUCUGUUUUAAAUACUUAAAUGUGUUUAAUGCUUCUGAAAAGCUGCCAUCGGGCCUGAGGUUGGGCUUUGAAGCAAAUUAGUGAUGCAGCUAAUCCUCACAGUCACCUUCAGUGGGAUCUUUGGAUUAACCUGCCAAACUUUGCAAAUUUAAGGAUCUUCAAUCUUAAAAAAAUCAUUACAGGACUUGUCUGUCUGCAGACAAAGAUUUAAAGUAAAUUUUAAAGCAAAGAAGCCUCUGUGUGACAGCAGUGGAUGUUGCAGAUGUUUAGUUUUGAUCGGUGAUGAAUCAUAAAAACCAGUCAGCAAUCUGAAACUUUUUUUGUUUUUUGUUGGCUGAUUUUUUAGCACUUUACUUUCUCAUUGAUGCCUUGUUGCUUUUUGAAUACAACGUUACAAUCAGUUUGUUUUCAUUAGGAACAGAAAGGAUGCUGCAUCUAUCAAUAUUUAUUGAAACAAAAUUCAUGAAUCUGAAUUCAGCUCUGGGCUUUAGAUGCAAGUUUUACGCUUGUGUGCGAUUAAAACAAAAAAACAACUGAGCAUUUAAAAGUGGUUUGACUAAAGGCAAGCAUGAAUUGAAUAAGCCUGGUAGAGAGGACAAAGGACUUUCAAGCAUGUAAAGCUGGUAGUUUACUACUUGAACCAACUGUUUUGGUAUAAUGUAAAAAUGUUGAUUUAAAGCACUGUAUGAAGUGGGCAGGUUUCUGUCUGACAUGAUCCUGUUUUGUUGCAUUCUGCCAGUUAUUAUUCAUGUUGAAGUGCUCUCCUUUUCUCCUGCCAAAGAUGUUGCUCGGCUAACCAGAACCCUUUUCUCCGCUGAUGGUUUCUCUGACUCUGGGAUGUGAAGGACGACCAAAUUGAGUGCCAAACUGUGUCCACCAUACAGUCGAGGCUGUCUGCACAUUUAAUUACCCUCUCUGGUUCAGCCCUUCCGUUGCUCUGUGCCAUCUCGAUAACAACGGAGCAGCACUGCAGCAGCCUGGAGCUUGCCUUAUUGCAGGUGUUACCUGGGGAGAGUUAAUGGCUAAAGCAAAUCUUUUUUUAUGAGUCGUGGAUCCAGAGUGAGUGUGCAGCAGAGAUGACUAUAAAGCUGAGCUACAGAGACAAGCAAAUAAAGUUGACUGAAUCUCA